UCACAAGAAACAGAAAUCGUUAAAAUUCAUCAUAAAUGCGUGAAAUCUGGAAAAAUAUAUGAUAUAUAUGUAAUCGGACGACAUUUUGCAAUAGCCCAGUAUCUUAUAAGCACUCAUAACUGGUUUGGACAAGGUUUAUUAAGAACGACUGCCACGGUGAUUAUUGUUUGCCACAGAAUGCAAGGAUUUGAGAUAACUGAAGAUUUACUAUCUAAAGAAGAUGACCAAUUGAAUGCGCGACCAUGUGUGACUGGUAUUGCACAAUUUCAUCCAAAAGCUGAAAGCAAUGAAGCUGAUUGCUAUGGAAACCGGAAAUCUUAUGUUUGUAAAUUGUAUUUCACAUAUCCAUUAAAGUUAAUGGUUCCAAAGUAUGCUGGCAGUUCGAAUACCCAAUGGUUGUAUCCUAUUACGUAUGGUGGGGGAUUAGUAGCAGGGGAUCACAUUGACUUAGAUGUCACAGUGGGUGAUGGAUGCUCUGUACUAAUCACUACUCAAGGAUCAACAAAGGUAUAUAAGUCUGUUAAUAACCUGAUUAGUAUGCAGGGUAUAGAUGCCAAGGUCAAUAAUGGUGGAUUGUUAGCAAUAUUACCGGACCCAGUUGUUUGCUAUCAAAAUGCAAGAUACGCUCAAACACAGGUAUGGUUGAUAGAAACACAG